AUGUCAGAGAAUAAUAGUAAUAAUAAUAACGAUAAUCAUGAUCAAAUCGAUUAUAUAUCAAUCAAGCUACCUACUCUAAUUUUAUUAGAUAUUAUCUCAAAGAUCAACAACAAUGUAGAUAUGAUAUGCUUUUUAAUGACUUGUAAAAGAUUGUAUCAUACGAUUAGAUGUUACAAAAACACUAUAAUCAGAUUUAAAGGAUUGAAAGUAGUACUUGUAACUCGAUUAUCAAAAUGUCUUUUACCAUUUAGACAUAUUGUUCAACAUUCACUAUCAAAUCAUCUCUUGUUGAUCAACCAAGACUAUGGUAGCAAACCAAGACCCAAAGGCCCAACAAAAUUUCAUGUCAUCAAAGCGAAUGAUUUUAAUAAUAGUAUUAGAAAUAGUGAUAUUAAUAGUACUUAUAGCUACAAGGAUAGAGAUAACAAUCAAUACGACAGUGAGGAAAUGAAUAUGGUUGAAAAUGUUCAAAUUUCAUUGGCUUAUACCACCAACAGAGGUGUAAAGAUUGAUCCUUACCUAAAGUUACCAUCAUCAACAAGAUCAUUGAUAAUCGAACGAUUAGAUGAUUUGGAUGCACCACCACUCAAUCAUUUACCACCUUCUGUCAAACAUGUUUCUCUCAGUUGUCAAGAAUUCAAUUGUGAACAAGACUUUAUUAUUCCAGAUACGGUCGAAUCGUUAGCAAUGUACACAUCAAACGUUCGUUGUACAACGAUAAAGUUACCGAGUAGUCUCAAAUCACUUGUAUGGGGAAACUCCAAUGGUCCUUUUCUUCCACUCGAUCAAUUCCAAUUCAACAAACUCACAUCAUUGACUAGCUUGAAGAUGUGUGUUAGUCAGUUUGGAACUAGUAGGAGUAUACUACUACCUCCCAAUUUGACAUCACUUAACCUCACAUUCAAAAGGGAUUUCGAUAUCCCUUCACCUAAUCUAUUUCAACCAUUGGCAUCAUCGCUUACCAAUCUCGAAUUAUAUGGACUAUUCGGAGCCCCAUACAUUCCCAUCAAUCUUCAACCACUCACUCGACUGAAAAGUGUGCGUAUCUUGGGUAAAAUGACCGUCAGUCUUCCCGUGACACCGACUCUUACACAUUUAGAUGUUUAUGGCAGUACUAUAGAUUUGAUGCCCGAAUCACUCGAAUCUCUCGAAAUUGGAUCGUAUCAAUUGAUUAUAUGGUACCUUGAAAAUCCAGUACCCCUUCCAUCAACACUCAAACACCUUUCCAUCGUGGACAGCCUUAAAAACAUUCCCCCUCGAAUCAUGCCACCUGGAUUACCCAGUCUCCAACUAGUCAUUGACAAAGACAAACAGACUAAUUUAGAUGGAUUGUUCCCUCCAUCACUGCAUACUCUUUGUGUUUCUGGAAGAUUUAGUACAGAUAUACUGUCCAAAAUCCCCAACACUAUCAAAUCAUUAGAGUGGGAAAGGAAAAAGGGUAAUGAUGAUGGUGUUGGCACUGGUAUUCCAUUGACACUACCAAAUCAUUUAAUGGAAUUAAAAUGGCUACCACAAAAUCUAAGCGAUGUGAUAUCUUUUGCUCAAUUAGAUCAUCUCACAUCCCUAACCAUUGAAUUACCAAUAUUUCAAUUAAAAAAUGGAAAAUCCCUUUAUUCACUAAUUAAUAUUAACAACAACAACAUUGUUAAAAGUAUUUUUAAUAAUAAUGAUAUGUUGUUGCCAAAUAAUAUUAUAAAUUUAACAUUGGUAAUUAAUGGUUCAAAUAAUUUAUGUAUUAGACUGGAUGAUAUAAUCAAUGGAAGCUAUGUCGAAGAGUUGACCAUUCAAGUGAAUGAUUCGAAAUGGAUAACAUUUAGUAUUCGUAGAUUCGAUGAUAAUACAGUGUUUAUCGUUGACAAUCAAUCAAUGUUUGGAGGUUUCAUGACACUAGGGCUUCCAUUUAAUGAAUGUGGUGUCAGCCGAGUUUGCACUAGAGCCAACGAUACUACCAGUAUAUGCGCGGAACCCUUCUCCCAACAAGUAGCUGGCUCCAAUUGUACCUAUAGUGGUAGUUACAUCAGUGCUUGUGAUAUUUCACAAGGUCUCUACUGCUCCAAAGACAAUAUAUGUGCACCAAUCCCAGACGCUCCAUCCAACAGCGUCUGUACCGAUGACAAUGAUUGCAAUGCCCUAGAAACAUGUCUAUGCACUGGGAGUACUAAUCAAGCUUCCCUUGCCUAUGCCAAUUGUUUGAUUGAAAAUAAUUGUGCUGCCGAGUACCUCAACGUUGUCAAUACUAUGAGCUCCAAGUCUUGUUUUGCAAAGUGCUCCUCUGAAAUGUGCGCAAAGGGCGUUUGCUCUGGCCCAGACCAAAGCUAUCCCUCCCAAUGUGAAGAAACUGCUGGCAGUGAAAUCUCUAUCACAUGUUCCAAUUCUUCGUCCAUUAUAGAAUCAUCAUCAUUGUUCUUUAUCUUUUUUGCUAUUUUAUCUGUGGUCCUCUAA